AUGCAAAUUAACGUUAACAAAACAAAAGCUAUCACGUUCGGGACAACGGCUAACCUCGUGUUUUGCGACUACACGUUGAACAACAUGCCCAUAGACUCUGUAUCCACAAUAAAAUACCUUGGUGUACAUUUGUCAUCAGACCUGUCAUGGAACACCCAUAUAGACGCUAUCGUCAGUAAAGCAUCCAGAUCACUUGGCUUCAUAAGGCGUAAUUUGCAUCCGGCGAACUCCGAAACUAAACUUCUUGCUUAUAAAACCUUAGUACGCUCAAAACUCGAAUAUGCCUCCUUCAUCUGGAAUCCGCAUCAGGCCUACCUCAAACAGAAACUGGAGUCGGUACAAAAUAAGGCUGCUCGCUUCAUCACAAAAAACUACUUACGAACAUCAAGCGUAACUGAAAUCAAAUCUUCACUCAAUUUAGCUCCUCUAGAAAAUCGCAGGUUGCUGACACUAUUGUCAUUCUUUCAUAAGCUUUACUUCAAUCAGUCAUCCCACGAUAUCUUCAAUAUCAGGCCAGCUCGUCAUAUAUCUUCGCGACUCGAUCACCAACAUAAAAUUGAACCUAUUUUCGCUCGCACUAAUCUCUUUUUUCACUCCCCACUUCUCCUCGCCAUUCGUGAAUGGAAUCUUCUUCCUGCUGACAUUGUGCUCAUUGUGAAUCAUGACUCAUUUGUAACUAGUCUAAAGUCAUUUCUAGGACAAAAUGGAAGCCAAUAG